CCUGCACCACUCAUUCACUCACUCCACUCAAAAGCAAAGCCAACAAAAUGGGAGAAACCGGAGGAGGCAAGAGAUGGAACUUUGGGGCCAAUGAGGUCGUUGAGCUAUCUUGUUCUCAGAACGUCCGCUAUUUUCUGAACCUCCUCGCUGAUAACCUCGACCGCAAUGACAGCAGACCUGUCAUCCCUCUCGGACACGGCGACCCCUCUCCCUUCCCUUCCUACCGUACUGAUCCAGCCGCAGUUGAAGCCGUCUGCGAUGCUCUCCGUUCAGCACAGUUUAACCACUACUCUACUACUUCUGGUCUUCCUAUCGCUAGGAAGGCAGUUGCAGAGUACCUCUCCCGGGGACUCUCUUACCAGAUCUGUCCGAACGAUGUUCAUCUGACAGCCGGUUGUCACCACGCCAUCGAUGUCUUGAUCUCCACGCUGGCGGUUCCAGGCGCCAACAUUCUGCUGCCUAGGCCAAGCUACCCCAUGUACGAUUCCCGAGCAGCUUUCAGCCAGCUCGAGAUCCGUCGCUACGACCUCCUUCCAGAAAAUGGCUGGGAGGUCGAUCUUGACGCAGUUGAGGCUCUUGCAGAUGACAAAACCGCUGCUAUACUCGUUAUCAACCCUUGCAAUCCAUGCGGAAACGUUUUCUCCCGUCAACACCUUCAAAAGAUUGCGGAAACUGCUAGCAAACUUGGAGUGCUUGUGAUCGCGGACGAAGUCUACAAGGAUAUAACCUUUGGGGAGACGCCGUUUGUGUCCAUGGCUGAGUUUGCAGAGAUUGUCCCAGUGAUGUUGUUAGGUUCGAUAUCAAAGAGAUGGUGCGUCCCCGGGUGGAGGUUUGGCUGGAUGGUUACACUUGACCCUCAUAACAUCAUGAAAGAUUCUGGGCUUGUUCAUAGUCUUGCCAACGUCCUCAACAUGUCGACAGAUCCCACAACUUUUAUUCAGGGGGCAAUACCUGAUAUCCUUGAGAAGACAAAAGAGGAAUUCUUCUCAUCUGUACUGGAAACACUAAGAGAAUGUUCAGAGAGUUGUUACGAGGAGAUAAAGAAGAUCCCUUGCAUCACUUGCCCUUACAAACCAGAGGCGUCAAUGUUCACUAUGGUGAAGUUAGAGUUAUCGGUUCUUGAAGAUAUAAAGGAUGAUUUGGAAUUCUGCUGCAAGUUGGCUAAAGAGGAAUCGUUGAUCAUCCUACCAGGUCGAUCUGUGGGGCUUAAGAAUUGGCUACGCAUCACCUUUGCCGUGGAGCCAGAGCUCCUUAAAGAUGGGCUUUCCAGGCUAAACAAGUUUGCACUGAGACACUCCAAGAAGAAGCAGCAGCCAUGAGAAUCUCUCUCUCAUUCUUCUCCAAACCCCCAAGCAAAUUAGUGUGACAUUGUUUAAAAAAAAAAAAAGACAUUGUUUGCUUUGUAUUAAAACUUAAAAUAAUAGUUUGUACUGUUUUAUAUUGUGAUUCUUUGUAAUAAACUUGCCAUGCUUUAUCCGCAGAUCUGCAGGUCGAGUCAUUUUCUUUUUAAAAAGUCUUUUUUGUAUAA